AUGCUUUUUGGAACUAAUUUACAUAGUAAUUUGGAAAAAUCAUGGACCAAAGAAGGAUUUAAUAAAUGGAAAAAUUGUUCAUUUGCUAUUCAAAGACAUGAAUUAACUCCAGAUCAUGUAACAUCAUCUUUAAAGUUUAAGUUACGUCAAAAAAAUGUGCCAAUUUUACCUUUGAUUGAAAAUAAUAGAAAAACUCAGAUAGCAAUGAAUAGACACGUUUUAUUAGAGCUUAUAGACAUUGUUAUAUACAUGGCACGUCAUAACCUAGCAUUUCGCGGACAUUUUGAGGAUUGGUCUUCAAAUUCCAAGGGUAAUUUUAAAGACUUAGUUAUGCUAAUGUCUAAAAAUUCAGGACCAUUAGCGGAACACAUAAACCGUAUUCAACAAAAUGGAAAACUUGAAACAUCUUUUGUUUCAUGGCAAAGACAAAAUCAGCUGAUAGAAGCUAUUGCCGAAGAUAUAUCAUUUCAAGUACGAUCAUUUAUUAAAUCUGUAAGAAUGUUUAGUAUAUCAAUUGAUACUACAUUUGAUGCAUCUCGUAAGGAACAAAUAUCAUUUAUAAUACGAUAUGCUGAUGAAGUUACUGGCGAGGUUCAUGAAAGGCUAUUAGCAGUAAAAGAAUCACCAGUUACAUCUGGAAAAAAUUUAUUUGAUAUUUUUGUAAACGUAAUGGAAGCUGAAAAUUUGAAUUGGAAGGAAGAGUUGGUUGGUCAAUCCUAUGACGGAGCUAGUAACAUGCGUGGUAAUUAUACAGAUCUCCAAGCUUAUAUUAAAGCAGAAAACCCGCGAGCAUUAUUUGUUUGGUGUCACUCCCAUCGCUUGGCUUUAGUAGUAAAACAAGCAGUAUCUUGUAACUCUAACGCUGUUGAUUUAUUUGGGAAUUUAGAAACUCUCUAUGUGUUUCUUUGGUGUUCAAAAAAAAGAGCAGCGAUUUUCAGAGAAAUUCAAAUUGAAUGUAAUAAUAUGGAGGUAAAAAAAAUCCGUUGCAUGCUGUUCAGAGAGUUAGCACAACUCGAUGGAGUUCUCAUUCAGCAGCAUUAA